AUGAAAACCACUACUCUACUGGCAUCAUUCUUCACAGCCGCCCUAGUCUCCGCACGUCCUGGCCGCCAACGAGCUGAAUAUCCAUGGACGCCAGCGCUCGCAGGAUACUAUGAGAAGGUAGCAUUGCACAUCCAAGAAGCCAAGUCAUCAGGGCAAACACCAGGCUCGUGCGAUCUCGCUGGGGCUGCACCUCCCAUUGCGCCUGCACCACUACCCACUCCAGACGGCCUCGUCCUUGCCCACGUUGCUGUUGGUCGAGGUGUCCAGAACUAUACCUGCACAUCCAACGCUGCAGACGUGAAACCCGUGGCGGCCGGCGCGCUCGCUCAUCUAUACAACGCCUCCUGCAUGGCGGCAUCGUACCCAGACCUACUCUCCCUCAUGCCCGACCUCGCUCUCCAAUACCCGCUCGAGAACCCGGGCAUUCCAGAUGACUCGUCCAGCGACGGCGGCUACACCACCACAUCCAACAACCUCCUGAGCGUCUAUGCCUCCGGCGACCCCAGCGACGGCGCCCUCUCAGGCCACCACUUCUUCGACGCCAAAACGCCCGUCUUCGAACUCAACUCCAGCCCUACGGGACCUUCAACCCAUUUGGGCGUCGUUCGGGGGAAAGCGAACAGGAACUCGACCGCGCCUGCCUCUUCCUGUCCAGGUGUGGGUUGGCAGGGGAACGGUGCAGUGGCGUGGCUGUACUUGGAUGCUACCCCGGAGAGCCAGACGACGGAUGUGAAAUUUGAUGGGGUGAAUCCGGGUGUGGCAGCGGGGGCUGAGGAAGGGUGGAAGCAUAUUUAUCGGGUGAACACUGCGGGAGGAAUGCCGCCAAAGACUUGUGCGGAGGCUGGGUUGGAUGUGGGUGGGGGUGUGAUUAGUGUGCAGUAUGCGGCGAAUUAUUGGUAUUACAAGGGGGCGCCGGGCUCAUCAUAA